UCCACAGACCUCGACCCCAAAAUGGCGAGUCGGGGUACGGUCUCUGGGAGCUAGGAGCGAUCCACUGGGGGACUGGUCCUCCAAGCCCUCCGCGCUCCGGAGCUCGGCGCCGCUCUCGCCAGGCCCGCAGGGGCACGGGAAGCGGGCGCUUCCUCCCCAGCGCGGCGGGGAGGCGUGGCGACGUCGCAGCCCCAGUCGAGGAAGAGGGAAGUGGCGUCCGCAGAAGCCGGGACUGGGAGGAGUGCCCUUGGGGAGAAGAUCCACUCAUUGGUUUUAUACCAAACCUGACAAAGCCUCGGUUGUCAAAGGUGGCACCAGGAGGAUGUCACACAUAGGAGUAAAACUAUUCCUAGAGCAAAUGAUGAUGAGACAUCUGGAAGUGAAUGCAUGCUUGUACCCACACAUGGAGGCUUUGUGGGGGACUAAGGGGCCGGUGAAAGAGAGCUCCGGUGAGAGUAAGAAAUCCAGCCUGCGAACGGACAGUCUUGGUCCUGAGAGCGCUCGACAGCACUUUCGGAGCUUCUAUUAUCACGAAGCACCCGGACCCCUGGAGGCUGUCAGCCAACUUCAGGAAUUAUGCCAGCAGUGGCUGAGGCCCGAGAUCCACUCGAAAGAGCAGAUCUUGGAACUGCUGGUGCUUGAGCAGUUCCUGACUAUUCUGCCCAGGGAUACCCAGAACUGGGUGCAGAAGUAUCGUCCACAGAGCGUCAGAGAGGCUGUGGCCCUGGUAGAGCGCUUUCAGAGAGAGCCUAGUGGAAUAAGUGAUGAGGUCACAGCUCAUGAGCUGGGAAAGGAGGCAGUGCCCUUGGGAGGAACAGCAGUGGCCCCAGGCUUUAAGUGGAAGCCCGCAGAGCCCCAACCAAUGGGUAUGUUCCAGAAAGAAUGUUGGAAUACAUACCGGGUACUACAGGAAGAGCUGGGCUGGAAAACUCACAAAGAAACCCAGCCAGUAUGUGAAAGAGCUGGGCCUGCUCAACAGAUUCUAGCCUUUUCUGAGCAGAAAAGCACCCCAAACUGGAAGAUGGCGUCUGAGCUCAUCUUGCCUGAGUUCCAGAGCCUGUUGACAUUUGAGGAUGUGGCGGUGUCUUUCUCUGAGGAAGAAUGGCGGUUACUGGACCCUACUCAGAAGAGCCUUUACAAUGACGUAAUGCAGGAAAACUAUGAGACUGUCGUCUCUCUAGGGUUAAAGCUCAAAAAUGACACUGGAAAUGACCAACCUAUAUCUCUUUCUGCAUUAGAAAUACAAGCAUCAGGAUGCAGAGUGUUAAGAAAGGCCAGAAUGAAAGUUGCCCAGAAAACAACAGGCAAAGAAAAUCAUGGCGGGACACGCAGGGUACGGAGACGGCACCGAGCUUUUCUAGGCAGGAAAAGAAAGAAACUUUCAACUUGUAAACAAGAGCUUCCAAAACAUAAGGAUCUCCAAGGGAAAGGCCAUGCAGGGGAGAAACCUUUUAAGUGUCAGGAAUGUGAGAAAAGUUUCAGAGUUAGCUCUGACCUCAUUAAGCACCAGAGAAUUCACACUGAAGAGAAACCCUAUAAGUGUCAACAGUGCGAUAAGAGGUUUAGAUGGAGUUCAGAUCUUAAUAAGCACUUAAUGGCCCACCAAGGAAUAAAACCGUACAGAUGCUCGUGGUGUGGGAAAAGCUUCAGUCACAAUACAAAUCUACACACACACCUAAGAAUUCACACAGGAGAGAAGCCCUUUAAAUGUUACGAAUGCGGGAAAAGAUUCAUUCAGAACUGCCACCUUAUUAAGCACCAGAGAACCCACACAGGCGAGCAGCCAUAUACUUGUAGCGUGUGCAGGAGAAACUUCAGCCGGCGCUCCAGCCUUCUUAGACACCAGAAACUCCACAGGAGAAGGGAGUCCUGUCCAGUGUCUCCAGUCUGA